AUGGCAACUCUAGUUGACCAAAUGGACCAGCGAGUCAGUAAAAUAGAAAUGCAGAGUGAGUUUACCGAAAUGACACAAUAUGCUACAGAGUUACAAAUGUAUUUUGGUCUAAGAGAAAUUGAGAAAACUACUUUUCAAGUAACUAAAUACAUUGAAGAUUUAGAAAGUGGAGACAACUUUAAUGAACAAAAUCUAGAGGUUAAAAUUUCAUCUGCUCUUCGGUCAAAAUUAAAAGAUGUAAAAUCAUUUGGGUAUAUUAAGAUAAAUACCACUUCAUCUACUCUCCAAAUAAAGACCGGAAGAAAAGAUCAAGCCCAGCAUUUGGUUUCAAAAGGCCCAGGAAUAGAUCAUAUUAUACCAUCCUUGUCGAAAAGUCUCAUAAUUCCAGAGAAUAUGAGGUCUUUGGAUAUUUAUGCCACUUUAAUUCUACCAAAUGGCAAGUUUGUUAUACUGGAUUCCAACAAAACACUACUUAUGUUCAGUAAUGAAGGCAUCUUUAUCAGACAAAUAGUCACAUUCACAGAGGAUUCAUAUCGUGCUUGCUUUGUGAGACAAAAUACAGUGGCUCUCACGUUAGGCUUAGCAAACCAGAUAGCAUUAGUGGAUAUAGAAAAAAAUGCAAUCAUUGAAAGAAUUGAAUUUCCUCAUAAAUGUGAUGGAGCAGCAAGUAAUGGUACAACUUUGGUUAUCAACGAAGAUGGUGGAAAGAUUACUACUGUGAAUCUGAAUGACAAGUCUCACACAAUCUUAGAAGUGAUUGGGACUGAUUGUAUUUCAUUGUUCAAAGGAAAAAUAUAUUGUGCUGUUUACCUUGAAAACAAAGUCUACUGUUACAAAAUUACUGGUGAACCGCUGUGGACAUUUCAGCACCAAGAUAUUGCCAGCCCAGUUGGAAUUGCAUUAGACAUGCAUGGGUUCGUUUAUAUAGUUUCUAUUAGAAACAUCAGCAUUGUGGUAGUAUCACCCGAUGGUAAAACAUGCAAGACAAUACUAUCAGAGGAUGAUGGAAUCACAGUUCCUUGGGCAAUAGACAUCAACAGAGAAACCAGAAUGAUGGUAGUGUCAAAUGAAAUAAGUGAUGCUAGUGGUGCAACCUACCAAACAGCUUUCGUAUAUAAAAUUUAA